AUUUUAAAUAAACUUUGAUUCAAAAGUCCAAACGUCUCCCCAUACUAGCACAGUUACCUACUCGUCCGGCUGGAACAGACUCUCUUUGUCCUGUCCGUACAGUCAACUUCUUCAGUCGGCACCACCGGUGACCGCCGAAGUCGAACUAAAACCACCUGUCAGAGACGACCGGCUCAAACCCGCUCUUAGGGGCCAUGCAGAGCACGAUCUCGAUCUAGGCAUGGGUUUUCCAUUUCAGUGAAGCAGAAGAAUAGAAGGACUGAUUCCAAGGACUGUUGUUUCAAUUUCAGAAAAACAAUUAUCAAAGAUUAAGCAUGCGUUUGUUGAGUGCAAUCUUUCUUUAGCUUUUCCUCGUGUGGGUGUCCUGAUGAUACAUGAAGAAUAGCCUUUUGAUUCUUGCUAUGGGAGGAUGAUAGAUCAUCAAUCUCUUCAGGGAUUUGACUUAGAUGAAAGUGAGCUAGAUAUGCAAGCUGAAACUUAUGAAAAAGAUGGAAUGAUAGAAGAUGGGCUUCCAAAUAACUUAAACUCGUGUGCAAGUGAAGCUGACAUGAUAUCGGAGCAGUCUGUUGAAGAUUUACCUUUUGCCAAAGCUUUAGAACCAUACAUAGGCAUGGAGUUCAACUCACGAGAUGAGGCUAGGGAUUUCUAUGUUGUGUAUGGUAGACGUAGUGGUUUCAUUGUACGAAUACACCAUAACCGUCGCUCGCGAGUAAACAAUCAAGUUAUUGGUCAGGAUUUUGUUUGUUCAAAAGAAGGCUUUCGUGCAAAAAAGUAUGUUCACAGAAAAGACAGAGUUCUUCCCCCACCUCCUAUCACCAGAGAGGGCUGCCAAGCAAUGAUAAGGCUUGCUUUAAGGGAUGGAACAAAGUGGAUUAUCACCAAAUUUGUGAAAGAGCACAAUCAUAAGCUACUGAGCCCCAGUAAAGUCCCAUGCCGGGGAUCUGGAAAGCACCUAGUCAGUGAGGACGAGAAAGAUAAGAGAAUUCGGGAACUAUCCCUUGAGUUGUAUAAUGAGAAGCAAAAGUGUAAGCGAAGGUGUGCUGCAUAUGAAGAACAAUUAAAAACAAUUUUGAAAGAUUUGGAAAAACAUACAGAACACAUAUCAAAAACAGUUGCUGAUGUAGUUCAGAGCAUAAAAGAUAUUGAAGAUGAACGAUCGGAGUCAGACAGUGGAUAGAGUUGGUGCAGCUUGUUCUGUAUUUUCCCUCAAUCUUAGUUUUUCUUUAUGAGUUGAUUAAGCCUCAAAUGCAUUUCACGACCCACAUGUUAAUAAAGUUGCCUCACCUAUGCUUGGAGCUAAAUUAAUCCUUGAAGUGGAUAAAGGUCUUCAGUCUCGUCUUUCUGAGAAAUUCAGUUGCUGGUGUGAGAUGUCCUGGCUCGAGUGCUUAAUCUCAAGAAAGUCUAAAAGUACAUCAUGGGAAGUUAAUUCUUCUUGGACAUUUGCAGUAUCGUCAUUCACAAAAACGAGGCAUUUCUUACUUGGCCAAAAGCUGAGAAAGGUAUUGCGUACUUUCAUUCUCACAUGUAAAGUAUUGUAGUAGUAUAAUCGUAUGUGCACUAAUGUAAAAGGAUUGUUAAAUAUGUUGAGACAGAUUUUUUAUUUUUAUUGUUUGGACUGCUGUAAGGUGGUUGCAAAAGUAUGUAUUCCAAUUGUGUCGUUGCCCA